AUGUCAACCGCUUUCAUGGUCGACAACAUCCUACAAGACAAGGAUAUUGUGGAUUCCUUCACAUCCGCCUCCGAUUCCGAAUCGGAGCCAACUUCCGAUCACAAAGAUUCGUGCGACUCGCCGUCGUAUCUGCAUCACAUGCACAACAACAGCCAGGACACGGAUGAAUUAUUGCAGUCAUAUACGGUGUUACGGUCAACCAACAAGCCGCCACUGGAGGACGAGGAAUCCGAUGACGAGCCGCAUCAUCACGGAGAGGAGGAGGAAGCAAUUAUCAUGGAUGAGAAUAACAGUAACGAUUGUCUGGACUCGUCAACGACGACGACGACAACGGGCACCAAAUUAUGUUGCGGAAAAUGCGGCCACUUUCAGUUCGGCAAUAAAACAAUCAUCGAUAAUGAAAUACAAUACGACUUCAAGUGUGACAAGUGUGGCUCGUGCGAUUACAUUAAAGUGGCGAACGCGGGCAAGACCACGACCAUGGACGAUAAUUUACUAAAGGAAAACAAUAGUAGUAAGCCCGUGUUAAAGUUUAGUGUUUCCGCAAUUCUCGGCGAACGAAAGGAUUGUGUAAAAGUUAGGAAUGAAUUUAUUCAACCGCAACACCUUUGGCCUUAUAUACAGCAAAAUUUAAUACAACAAAAUCACUUAGUUAAUUCAAACGCAUUUAUCGGCAAUCAUCAUCAGCAGCAGCAGCAACACCACCACCACCAUCAGCAUCACAAUAACCAGCAAAAUCAUUUAUCACCAACAAAUGGUGUCAACAAUAAUAAUAUAAAUAAUAACAAAAAUGAUAACUGUGCCAUACAACAACAACAACAAGUCGGACACCAUCCUAACAAUAGUAAUAAUAGUAGUCCCGUAUCGAUGAGCGGCGGCGGUCCCGGAGCAGAGCCCAAUGCAUCGCCCACCAUCGAUAAUCGUGAUAAUAAAAUUAUUGCAAAGCCGAUGCCAAGUAGGCCGGGGCCUCCGCCGUCGUUUCUCGCAGCAGCGGCAGCACAUCACGGACUGAAUCAUCCGCAUUUGCAUACGUUGUUGGCGCAUUGUAGGAAUCCGUAUAUGGGAGGAGGUCCUCAAGUGUUUCCGUUGCCACCGGGACAAGGAUUUCCGUGGGCACAUUCGACGCGAGGGAAGCCGAGGAGAGGCAUGAUGCGACGGGCUGUGUUUUCAGAUUCACAACGAAAGGGACUGGAAAAACGCUUCCAAAUACAAAAGUACAUUAGCAAACCCGACCGAAAAAAGUUGGCAGAACGUCUCGGGUUAAAGGACUCACAGGUCAAAAUCUGGUUUCAGAAUCGUCGGAUGAAGUGGCGCAAUUCCAAGGAACGAGAACUUCUCGCUAGUGGAGGAAGUCGUGAUCAAACCUUACCCAACAAAAAUAACCCAAAUCCAGACUUGUCAGAUGCCAGAAACGAUCGUCCAAUGUCACUAUCGCCACCGAACUCCCCAAACGAUGCAAGACGCGAAUCAACUCCAAGCAAGUCUGACGUCAAAUUUCCGACCAAUACCUUCCAAGCGCUCAAGCAAAAAUUUGAGCUGAAUAAUCCAGAUAUGAAAUACGAGGCUGGCGACGAAAAUAAUCGCCCGAAUCAGUUUAAUAACUUUUUUGAUGGCAACAAUGGUGGUCCAUACCAAACUAGUCGAUCCAAUAGCUCGUCGGAACACAAGGCUGGGCAGUACUAUGAUGAGUAUGAUUCGGGAUCCGAUUCCGAUGAAGAGAUAAAUGUUACAUGACUAGAUGAUGACGAGGAAAUGUCCGCGUAAAAUGUGUUUUUGAGGUUAAGUGUGACUUUUCUCUAGACAAAAAAAAACAAAAUAAAAAUUGUAAUUUUUUAAGU